UCAAAUAUCUCACCUGUCGAGUGCGGGUAAGGUGGACCGGGAGUAGGCGGGGCUAUUGUCGGGUGAUUUCAGUAGACUGAAGAAUAUGAACGCACUUGGGGGCCAUGUGAAGGCGCCAAAAAGAAAAAGUACAACGACAAACAUUAACUUUGUUCAAGAUGGAUCAUUGAGCAAUUGUAGCAUUAGCUAUUACUAUUAGUAAUAACUUUUUACAAAAGAUAAUGGAAAGUGACAGUGACAGUAGUAAUAGUGACGUGUCUGACGGUGAGUUAGAUAUGCAAAUACAUUUGCAAUUGCGAGGACUUCAACGUAAACCUACAAGAAUUGGAGAUUAUGUGGAACGUACAAUCCCGCAACUUCAUCGCGAACAGUUCAGGAAACAUUUUCGCAUAACUCUUACAACAUACAAUCAGCUCGAACAGAAAUUGGCACCAGCUUUACAAGAAGAUGUCGGUAUAAAACGUCACAUACCAGUUCGAAAACAAUUGCUUGCAACCCUUUGGUUGUUGGCUACACCAGAUUCUUACAGAUCUGUAGGAGAAAAGUUCGACAUGAGCAAAAGUUCAUUGAAUGUCAGUUUUAUGAGGGUUAUACAAGCCUUGAAUAAUAUUGCUGGGGAUAUUGUACAAUGGCCAAGAGAGGAAAGAUUAGCAACAGUGAAACAGAAAUUUCAGAGGUUGUCAGUACUACCUAACAUAAUUGGAGCUAUAGAUGGUACUCACAUUUCCAUAAAAAAGCCAUAUAAAGACUGUCUGUCCUAUAAGACAUACAAGAAAAAUUACGCUGUUAUACUUCAAGCUGUAUGUGAUUCUGAGAUGGCAUUUUUGGAUUGUUUUGCUGGUUAUCCAGGAUCUGUUGGUGACAUAAGAGUGUUCAGAAAUUUUGAUCUAUGGUCAGAAGUACAGACAAAUAGACUGUUGUAUUUUCCUAAUGAAGAAUACAUUAUUGGUGACAAGGCUUACCCUAUAUUACAUUGGUGUAUUUCUGGUUUUCGUGAUCAUGGCAAUCUUACUGCGGCUCAAAAGAGAUUUAAUGACGUGUUGUCUAAAGUUAGGCAAGUCAUUGAACGAGCAUUUGCGUUAUUGAAAGGACGAUUUCGAAGACUGAAAUAUCUUGAUAUGAAUAGAAUAGACAUAAUAUCUUUUGUGAUAAUUGCUUGUACAGUUCUUCACAAUAUUUGCCUUGAAGGACUUGAUGAUGACAUAAAAGAAUAUAUCCUAGAAGGCCAGGAAAAUGAAGUCCAUGCUGUACAAAAUGUAUUAGAGGCAGAUGAAGAUGAUGCUGGUGUGGCAAAAAGAAAUUAUUUAGUAACUCUUGUGCGAUAAUAACAUAAUACUGACUACGUAUGUUUAAUAUGUUUAGUAAAUAAUCAUAUAAAGUUUCCUGCUAAAGAAUAAUGUAAUUAAAUUAAAGUAUAAAUAUUUGUAAUAGAACAUUUUUAUGUAUUAAAUCAUGUAAUUGUAUUCUUUCUC